AUGCUGCGCCCACUGUCGCUUUCCCAUCUGCCUACACGUCUACGGCCGGCCAGCCAACGCCCGUCAUAUCUUCCCCCGGCAAAAUCGGCGAUGAAAAAAAUCGAGCGCUCGCACACGUCCGCCGUCCCCCUCACUCGCGCGCGUACGCAGUCCGGUGGCGAGGCUCGUGCGCGGCUGGACUCGAUCGCUCGCACACGCACCAACUCGAGCACUAGCAACGUGAAGCUCCCCGAUCAUAUCUUUCUCCAGAUUCAGCCGCCGAAUCGAUUGACGUUGCACAACUUCGCGGACCAGCACACUUUGAACGAGUUCCAAGAGCACAUCUUCCCAAUGUGGCGCCUCGGUAUCGAACAUCAUCAUGUCGAUGGUCUAAACUGGCACGUUACGUUCUCCGGGAGUCCGUGGAACCUUAACGGCAGUGACUCGAACGAUGUACAAAGAAUGAUCUGCCGAAUAUUCUGGGUCCUAGCAAAUCAGGGCUACGUCUACUUGACCACGAUCAACAACGGACGCACGCUGCACGCGCCCCGCCUCGUCUUCGUCCGCUCCGUGCCCGACCCAGGUGCCCACUUCUUUGCGAUGACGAUGAACAACGCCGGCGAUGAAAUCACGUUCAUCGACCCUCCCGCCUCCGUAUCACAAAGCCUUGGACUCUACAUGCGCUCCGUCUUCCCCAGGCGCAUCGAGAACGAUACAGUCGACAAUCACUUCCUGCGCAUCCGCGUCAAACAGAGUAUCAGCCUGCCCAAGAUUGACAAGGACUUCUUCCUCGCGCACGUCCUCAAAAACGUCAACGGCUUCUACUUCAAGCUCGACGCCAGCGUGCCGCUCGCGCGCAAAGGCUUCCUCGGGCUCGGAGGCAGACAAGAACUUUGGGUUUUCAAGGGCUCUCCCCAGUGGUGGCGGCAACCGAUGGCAGGUCGCUAG